AUGCAUUUGCCCUCAGAAAGAGUCUUGCCUGAUUGUUGGGGCCAUCGCGGUGCAUCUGCUGCAUUUCCCGAAAACACGCUCGCAAGCUUCGAAGCCGCCAUCCGAGAUGGCGCUGAAGGCAUCGAGAGCGACGUACACGUAUCAUCAGACGAUGUGGUUAUCAUGUUCCAUGAUCCCGAUCUGUCCAGGACAACAAAUUCAACUGGUGCUAUCAAAGAUCGAACGUGGUAUGGCGAAAACGGUAUGGAGCACGUUCGAACUGUUAAGGAACCUAGACAAGCUAUUCCUACAUUCGCCGAGACGAUUACAUUGCUCAUGAAGCCCGAGAACCAACAUGUAAAAUUUAACGUUGACGUGAAGCCCCAAAACAACCCUCGAAGACUGUUUAGCCUCAUGCACAAUAUUAUCUCGGCGCAACCCGACUGGGAGACGAAGUUAGCAUCGCGACUGGUGCUCGGUCUUUGGCACCCCAGUUUUAUUGUUGCCGCAAAAGAGACUCUUCCAUAUUUAACGAGGUCCUUCAUUGGCAGUAGUCCUUCUGUAGCGCGAACAUAUUUUUGGAACCACUGUGACUUUUUCUCGAUGUCGUUUGCUGUGUUGGCGACGUCUGAUGGGGAAAAGUUCAGAAAAGAGUGCCAAGAUGCAGGAAAGAAGUUGAUGGUUUGGACAGUGAAUAAGCCUGAACAUAUGAUGGAGGCCGUUCGUUGGGGAGUGGAUUGUAUACUGACCGACGUCACCAGAACUUGGCUCGACAUGAGGUCUGCUCUAUAUGCGGAUUACGAAAAGACUGGUUUGCAAUAUAGUCGCAUCUUCCUCUGGACGACAUUGGACUACUGGACCCCAGUUCAGAUGCUUCGCCAGACUGCUGAGGUCAAGCGUCUACAGUCAAUCGCUGGACCCUUCAGGAUCGAGACGCCUGUUACUAUCAGUGCAGCAGCUUGA